CCAAGUGGGCUUCUAAAAUUAAAAAGUCGGUCUGUUUUAUCGCGCACACAUACGGACGCAAGUAGUUGAAACACUCGCACGCACGAAGGAAAACCCUCGAUCCGAGAGAAAACCGAACCCAUGGCGAAGCCAUCGAAGCCACAGGCGUCAUCUGAUGAAGCCCUAUCCAACGGCUCGAAUUCGUCGUCGUCGGAGGAGGAGGAGGAGCAGGUCAAUGUGCAGGUCAACGAAGAGGAGGACGAGGAGGAGCUCGAGGCCGUGGCUCGCUCGGCCGGCUCCGACGAAGACAACUCUCCCGCCUCGGACGACGACGCCGUCCCCGAGGACGGCGAUGCCGACGAAGAAGAUGAGGAUGAAAAGGAUAUGUCCAAUGCCGAAAUUAGCAAGCGUGAGAGGGCCAGACUCAAAGAAAUGCAGAAAAUGAAGAAACAAAAGAUUCAGGAAAUUCUGGACGCUCAAAAUGCUGCAAUUGAUGCGGAUAUGAACAAUAAGGGACAGGGGCGCUUGAAGUAUCUCCUGCAGCAAACUGAGUUGUUUGCGCAUUUUGCCAAAGGUGAUCAAUCUGCAUCUCAAAAGAAGUCGAAAGGAAGGGGCCGCCAUGCAUCAAAAGUAACUGAAGAGGAAGAAGAUGAAGAAUGUCUAAAGGAGGAAGAGGAUGGUUUAUCUGGGACAGGAAACACACGGCUGGUGACUCAACCCUCUUGUAUACAGGGGAAGAUGAGGGACUACCAACUUGCUGGCUUAAACUGGCUUAUACGACUGUAUGAAAACGGUAUAAACGGAAUCCUUGCUGAUGAAAUGGGCCUUGGUAAAACGUUGCAAACCAUCUCCUUAUUGGGAUAUUUGCAUGAGUUCAGAGGAAUUACUGGCCCUCAUAUGGUGGUUGCUCCAAAAUCUACUCUUGGCAAUUGGAUGAAUGAAAUUCGGCGUUUUUGCCCAGUUUUACGUGCUGUAAAGUUUCUUGGAAAUCCUGAAGAAAGAAGUCAUAUACGUGACAAUUUACUGGUGGCUGGCAAGUUUGAUGUCUGUGUAACAAGUUUUGAAAUGGCAAUUAAAGAGAAGUCUUCCUUGCGUCGUUUCAGCUGGCGCUAUAUUAUCAUUGAUGAAGCUCAUCGGAUCAAGAAUGAGAACUCCCUCCUUUCUAAAACAAUGAGGCUAUAUAAUACUAAUUAUCGUCUUCUCAUAACAGGCACACCACUUCAGAACAAUCUCCAUGAACUCUGGUCCCUUCUCAACUUUCUUCUUCCAGAGAUAUUUAGUUCUGCUGAAACUUUUGAUGAAUGGUUCCAAAUUUCUGGUGAAAAUGAUCAGCAGGAAGUUGUUCAGCAACUGCAUAAGGUCCUUCGUCCUUUUCUCCUCCGAAGAUUAAAGUCAGAUGUUGAGAAAGGUUUACCUCCAAAGAAGGAAACCAUUCUUAAAGUAGGCAUGUCACAAAUGCAGAAACAUUAUUACAAGGCUUUGCUGCAGAAAGAUCUUGAGGUUGUUAAUGCUGGCGGAGAACGUAAGCGCCUCCUGAACAUAGCAAUGCAAUUGCGUAAAUGCUGUAAUCAUCCAUAUCUCUUUCAAGGUGCUGAACCCGGCCCUCCUUACACUACAGGAGAUCAUCUUAUUACAAAUGCCGGUAAAAUGGUUUUGUUGGAUAAGCUGCUUCCGAAACUAAAAGAGCGUGAUUCUAGGGUCCUGAUAUUUUCACAGAUGACUAGGCUUCUGGACAUUCUAGAAGAUUACUUAUUGUUUCGUGGAUACCAAUAUUGUCGGAUUGAUGGUAAUACUGGUGGAGAAGAUCGUGAUGCUUCCAUUGACGCUUUUAAUAAGCCAGGAAGCGAGAAAUUUGUUUUCUUAUUAUCGACUAGAGCUGGAGGCCUUGGUAUUAACCUUGCUACGGCGGAUGUUGUCAUUCUUUAUGAUAGUGACUGGAAUCCACAAGUUGAUCUGCAAGCACAGGACCGUGCUCACAGGAUUGGUCAAAAGAAAGAAGUUCAAGUCUUCCGGUUCUGCACGGAGUAUACUAUUGAGGAAAAAGUGAUUGAGAGGGCAUAUAAAAAGCUUGCACUUGAUGCUUUGGUGAUUCAGCAAGGACGAUUAGCAGAGCAGAAGACUGUUAAUAAAGAUGAGCUGCUCCAGAUGGUGAGGUUUGGUGCCGAAAUGGUUUUCAGUUCCAAGGACAGUACAAUUACGGAUGAGGACAUUGACAGAAUUAUUGCAAAAGGAGAAGAGGCGACUGCUGAGCUCGAUGCCAAGAUGAAGAAAUUUACUGAAGAUGCAAUCAAGUUUAAAAUGGAUGACACUGCCGAAUUGUAUGAUUUUGAUGAUGAGAAGGACGAGAACAAGGUCGACUUCAAGAAGCUUGUUAGUGAUAAUUGGAUUGAACCACCAAAGAGAGAGCGGAAGCGAAAUUAUUCAGAAUCUGAAUACUUUAAGCAAACAAUGCGUCAAGGGGGUCCGGCAAAACCAAGAGAGCCUCGAAUUCCUCGGAUGCCUCAAUUGCAUGACUUCCAGUUCUUUAACACACAAAGGCUGAGUGAGCUAUAUGAAAAGGAAGUGCGCUAUCUGAUGCAAACGCAUCAAAAGAAUCAGUUGAAAGACACAAUAGAGGUGGAUGAACCUGAAGAGGUUGGAGAGCCAUUGACUGCUGAAGAGCUGGAAGAGAAGGAGCGGCUAUUAGAAGACGGGUUUUCUUCAUGGAGUAGAAAAGAUUUCAACACCUUCAUCAGAGCAUGUGAGAAGUAUGGCCGAACUGACAUAAAAAGUAUUGCUUCUGAGAUGGAAGGGAAAACAGAGGAGGAAGUUGAAAGAUAUGCAAAAGUUUUUAAAGAAAGAUACAAAGAGUUAAACGAUUAUGAUAGGAUCAUUAAGAAUAUCGAAAGAGGGGAGGCUAGAAUUUCACGCAAAGAUGAGAUCAUGAAAGCCAUUGGGAAGAAGUUGGACAGGUACAAGAAUCCAUGGCUGGAACUCAAGAUUCAAUAUGGUCAGAACAAAGGGAAGUUGUACAAUGAAGAAUGUGAUCGUUUCAUGAUAUGCAUGGUUCACAAACUUGGGUAUGGGAACUGGGAUGAGUUGAAGGCUGCAUUUCGCACAUCACCCUUGUUUCGUUUUGAUUGGUUUGUCAAGUCUCGCACAACUCAAGAACUUGCAAGGAGGUGUGACACUCUAAUUCGCUUGGUGGAGAAGGAAAACCAAGAGUACGACGAGAGGGAGAGACAAGCCCGUAAAGAGAAGAAGCUUGCCAAGAGCAUGACACCAUCAAAGCGUGCUCUGGCUAGGCAAACCGACAGUCCCAGUUCCUUAAAGAAGCGGAAGCAAUUGACCAUGGACGACUAUGUGAGCUCGGGAAAGCGGAGGAAAUGAUGUAAAUUAUUGACUUUUUUUUUUUUUUUUUAAUUUAACUUUUAGGCAGGAUGACACCUAUUAUAAUUUUGAUGUAGGGCUAGUGUGGCAAGGAGCGGCUCUGCUCUAGAAUUUCAUACUAGAGUUUGUUAUGAUGCCCAUAUUUUGGGGAUCGGGAUCGAUCACAUCACACUGAUGGAUUUGAAAAUGUCGUAGGUUAAGAAUUAGUUUCAGGAAUUAUUAUAAAUCAAUACAUAGGAGCAUCUAUAAACCUAAGGUACUUGGUACAUUGUAGUUACUUAGGUGGACGGGUCAUCUAUUGAAAAUUAUAUAUUGU